CCACAAAGUCAAUCAAGUCCGGAAAGCGAGCAAAGCAAUCAGCAAUCUAACGGCAUUCAGCAAAACCAUCAGUCUCUUCAGCAAGAGCAGAACCAAAUACAACAACAACAAAACCAACUGCAACAACAGUUGCAGCAACAGAACUUGCAGCAGGCGAUACAACAGCAGAACCAGUCGCUGCAACAGUCACUGCAGCAGCACCAAGAGGGGCAGCAGACGCUGCAACAAAUGAUACAGCAACACCAGCAGCAACAACAGCAACAACAACAACAGGCGUUACAACAGACACUGCAACAGACACUGUCUCAAGCUCAGGCGCAGGCCCUUGUGCAGGCGCAAGCAGUGCUCCAGCAGCAAGUAGCAGAGACAAUUCAACAGCAACAACAGACAUUGCAUGAGCACAUACAGGCUGUCCAACAGCAGCAGAUACAGGCCGCUCUACAACGACAAUCUGCCACAUUACAGGAGUUACAGCAACAAGCGCAGCAGCAAGCGUUAGCCCAAGCCACAGCGAAUAAGGGCAGGAUGCCGCGCGCACGGCCGUACAACAAGCCGCGCGGUCGGAUGACUGCGUACGCGUUCUUCGUGCAGACCUGCCGCGAGGAGCACAAGAAGAAACACCCCGACGAGAAUGUCAUCUUCGCUGCCUUCUCGAAGAAGUGUGCUGAGAGGUGGAAUACAAUGUCAGAGAAAGAAAAGCAGAGGUUCCACGAGAUGGCUGAGCAGGACAAGCAGCGGUUCGACCUGGAAAUGCAGAGCUACGUGCCGCCCAAGGACGUGAAGAUCAGGGGACGCAAGCGGCAGACGUUGAAGGAUCCCAACGCGCCAAAGCGAUCGUUAUCAGCGUUCUUCUUGUUCUGCAACGACGAACGUUCUAAAGUGAAGGCUGGCAACCCUGAGUACACAAUGGGCGACAUCGCCAAGGAGUUAGGCCGGCGCUGGGCCGCGGCGGAUCCGGAAACUAAGGCUAAAUACGACGCUCUCUCUGAACAGGACAAGGCGCGGUAUGACAGGGAGAUGACGGCGUACAAGAAAGGUCCAUUAGUAGCAGCGCCGCCCCCCGCCCCCGCGCCGCCGCACCUCGCCGUCCGCGCCGCCGACGACAUCGACGACGCGCCCGACUACGAACAUGACGAUGAAUAUAACUGAACCACUACUGCGUACUGCACUACCACACAACUAUAGGCGUAGCUGGCUAUCCUCUAAAAGCGAGGGAGGGGGGUCCUGCUUCCGACACUACAAACAACUUUCGUGUCCUUUAACUUUAGACUUCGACACUACACCGUACACUAAGUGUAUACACUCGCUCAGUGCAUACAGUCACUCGGUGAAUAGAUUAAUUCAGUGCGUACAGUCACUCGGUGAAUAGAUUCACUCAGUGCAUACACUUACUCAAUGUGUACACUCAUUCAGUGUCGUAGUCUAAACUGUAUAUUAUAAUUGCAAUUGAUAAUUUGGUGGUUUUAAAAAUUAGUAGUAUCCUCAACAUCCUAUAAUGGAUACCACAUAGUGGGUGUGCACAGGAUCCCUUGCUACGCCUAUGACGCGACAGUUAGUACACUAUAGCUACAUUAACGAAAUAUUUGUGAGUGUAAUGCUGAGUACCAUUUUCGGUUUUGGUUGAGUAUGUUAUCCAAUAUGUGAAGGGAGAACAUUACUUUUGCACCAAUCAACCAAUCGGUCAACGAGUUGGCUGAAUUGUUAAUAACACACACAGAAACUCGUUUUGCUAAUAUUGCUAUAGUAUACUAAAUUUUAUGGUUUUUCAAACCGUUUGACUUGACCCCUGAAACUUGUGUAUAAUUUUAUAUACUGAACUAUUUUUAUUAAAAGACCACAGUGGCAUGGCCCACGUGUUUUCAAAAAUGAAUGUGUUAUGUAUUUUGAUAAAUUUGACGUACCGUCGGUCGGUGUUUAGUAGAGACUGAAACAAACCAUGUUAGAUAAAGUAUUAUUUUAUAAAUAUUUUUGAUUUAGGUCUGUUCUCGGUCUAAAUGCGGUUGUAGUCUACGGAAUAUACUUGAACGCGACUGUGUCGUACCAAGACAAUGUUAAUUUACAUUAUAUUGUAUGUAUUCGGUAAUUGUUUAAACUUUAUGUUGAUUUUUAACCAUAAAACAGAGGAAAUUAUAUUUUGUUGUUGUAAAUCAUUUGAUUUGAGUUUAAUUCUGUUGUGUAUCGCCACAGUGCGCUACGGCGGCAAUACAUUUUGAAAAUGUUUUUUUUAAAUAUGGCUCUUGAUAAUGUAUGAGUUGGUUAGGUCGAGGUUAAGUGGCCUUAUAAUUUUUUAAUUUAAGGUCGUGGUAACAUUGAAUCGUCAACAAUUAGGUGAUAUUGUUUAGUGAUGUAACGCAAAACUGGAGGUGUCAGGAGCGGUUGCAGCCACAUCGAGGUAUAUUUUUAUCUCACGCAAAUACUCUUAACAUAGGCAACUUCGCGAUGAACAAAGGAUGUAUAAAAGUUCAAAAUUUUUUAGCGUCGAUAAGUUGAUAGUAUUUGGUAGCUAGAUAUGUAAGCGCGGUUGAAAAGUGAGCGAGUGAGAUUUGUUAAUUUGUGACCAGAGUUAUAGUUAAUUAAAUUAUGAUUCCUUUAUUUCGUCCUUAUGGGAUGCAACGAUUUGUUCAAACGUUUUAGGUUAUAUUGUUGAUUUGAAACUCGAGUCGCUGGCAGUAUCGUUUGUAAGAUCAUUGCCUGUGUGUUUUGUGUUUGCCAUAAGAAUGUUGCACAGUAGUACGCAAUUGCGAAUGCGCAUCUGCAAUUUAAUAUUAGAAAUGACGCUCGAAUAUUAGAACUAAUAUCUGUCGUAAUCGUAGCUUGAUGCCUGUGUGGGUCUGGUUGCUUCCAAUUUCUUCGGUUUAUUCAAGCCAGUGGUCUUGGCAUAUCAACUGGAGCUGAUAUGCAAGUUUAUUACUCAAUCUUUCGUCUAUUUUAUUAUGUUAGGCAUUUAGAUAGUAAAAUUUGAGGACAAACUAUUAAGAUUAAAAAUAAUUUACAAGUUACUUUUAAUUUGAUGAUCGGUUAAAGAAAUUUAAAAUUUCAAUGUUACGGUGCAGACAAACUACGCGUGAUAGCCCGAUCCGGACCGACUACGGCAUUGUCAUGUCAUUUUUGGUACUAUCUACUAGCAGAUUGGAUUCGGAUGUAUACUAUAGGUACAUCAUUUUAGGCACGAAAAAGCGCCCCACUACUUUCCCUAAUCGCUUACAGUGUGCGUGAGUCGCAAGAGUACACGCCUGUACAAUGGAUAGUCGGGAAAAGUGGUUGGAUCAGUCUCCUUACAACACCCUUGUUCAAAAGAUAGUGAGGUGUGUUAUGUGAGUGCUAUAUUUUAAUUUUGAACGGAUUUUGGUAGAGUUUAAACUCGCGAUGCUCGUUCUGGAUUGCGUACUACUGUAUCGUGUAAAUAAAGGACUGCAAAACGUGAUAGUACUUAAAUAGUAGCUGUACUAGGUACUUCUACCGACUAGAAUUAUGCUAGAAUGUACUUUGCUUUCAUAUUGUUGACUUGUUUUCCAGUGACAUGGAAUUUGUCUCACGGUGAAGCAAUUGUAUAAACAAUUCAGCAAUUCCAAGGGAAUCACUUGUGUAUUAAAGUUAUAGUGGAAACAUUGAACGAGAACAUAUUUUAAGCUGUGUGUAACAGGGGCGAUAUUGUUUUGAAUUUGUAAAUUACUCUGUACAAAACAAUAUAGUGAAUCUUUUACACAAAAAUUGUUCUUUUAUUUUAUUUCGCAUUUUUUACUAUAUUAAAUGAGAUUUAGUAGAUAAUUUUGAA